ACCAGUGUCUAUUUAUAAGGAUGAUAAGUACAUUGUUUUUGAAAGCUGCCUAAGGGAGCUUUUUCAAAGCUGUCCUGUAUGCAAGAGGCAGUGUGACGUUCAGCGACAGAAAAUGGGAACGUAUGUGUCAUUCACACAGCUCUGCCCACACUGCAACUAUUCAAGACAGUGGCAGAGUCAGCCUGUUGUAGGAAGUACCCCCGUCGGCAACCUACACCUGUCAGCGGCAACAUAUUUCACCGGUGCAUCCUUCAUCCAACUGGAAAUGAUAUGCAAGGCCAUGAAUCUUCAGAUUUUCCAGUAUGACACCUUCAGGAGGCAUGCUAGGAGUUUUCUGGAGCCAGCCAUAAUCCACAAAUGGAAGAUGGAUCAGCAACAUCUUUUUCAAAAGUUACUGCAUGGAGGAAAGAUUGGAGUCAGUGGAGAUAUGUGAGCUGACUCCCCAGGGCACUCAGCAAAGUAUGGGAGCUACACGCUGAUGCACCUAGACAGUAACCACAUUAUUGACCUUCAGCUUGUUCAGAGCAAUGAAGUAGGUGGUAGUUACCACAUGGAGAAGGAGGGCCUUAAACGCUGCCUGGAUCUACUGGAUUCAAACGGUUUGGAGGUGGACUACAUUGUCACCGACCGUCAUCCACAGAUCCAGAAGUAUCUGAGGGAGCGCAGCAUCACCCACUUCUAUGAUGUGUGGCACUUUGAGAAAGGUUUGUCAAAGAAACUUGACAAACUUGCGCAAAACAAGGACUGCGGGGUGCUGAAGAAGUGGCUGCGUAGCAUUAAAAACCACGUCUACUGGAGUGCAACAUCGUCAACAUCAGGGCCAGAGAAGGUAGCCAAGUGGACAUCGAUUGUCAACCACAUCCAGAACGUGCACUUGGAUGAAAACCCUCUUUUCCCUAAGUGCCAACAUCCUGAUAGAGUGUCAAGGGAUCCAAGUAAAUGGUUUAAACCAGGGUCAGUGGCGCUCUACAAAGUGGAAAAAAUCCUGGUCAAUAAGAGGGUUGUCAAAGAUGUGGAGAAGCUGAGCCACCACUACCAAACAUCAUCCCUGGAGGCUUUCCACAGUUUGAUCCUUCGCUUCACACCCAAGAAUGUGGUUUUCCCUUUCAUGGGCAUGCUUUGCAGGUUGUACCUUGCAGCCAUGCACUACAAUGAAAAUGCAGACCGCGAGCAAGCCACAACAUCUGCAGGACAACCCGUAUUCAGGGUUGUGUUUCCCAAGUCCAGGAAGGGGGAGGUGACUGCGAGGCCAGUAAAAACUACAUACAGUAAGUUUUAA